AUGACUACUUUCGUCGUGUCUCUAUUUCUUCCAUAUACAAUUGAUUUCCACGAGGUCAAAACACGCGCGAGCUCCCCAAAGCCUUCUCCAGCCGCACCCACUCCACCGAAACUCUGUGACAUUGGUCGAAAGGCCUCUGUGGCCAGUGCACGAAGCAAGCAUGAGGAUGCACCACAGAGUCUCCUUAAGCGGGCGCCGCCUUCGCACAUCCAGCUCCCCAAGACGCCAUUGAGCAUGCUGGAGCAGGAAGACUUCUUCACUCCCGGACAGCCAAGCGCCGCUACACACUUCCCGAAGCCGACUGAUCCUCGAGGACUGGUCCGUAGCGAUGCCCAUGUUCCAGAGUGGGGUGCACACGGCCUGUUCAAUCAGCCCGCGUUGAGGACCGAGCCUGCACCGCCAGACACCAUCUUGGAAUAUGCAAAGGCACAAGAACGGGCACAGGCCCAGAGGGAACGAUCAAAAGGCUCGCAGCAAGUCGCACGGUUGACGGCGGAUCCACGUUGGUCUACUGAGUACUCUGUAGUGCCUGCUGUGCAGGGUAACGGGGGCCUCUCCAACGCCAUCCGCGCCGCUGUCAAGAACAAGGGUAUGGAGAACAUCCUUACUGUCGGUCUUAUCGGCUUCCCCACAGACAGCUUGAAUGAGGAGAAAAAGACAGAAAUCUAUGAGAAGCUCGAAGAGGAGCACGAGGCUCUGACCGUCUUUGUCAGCGAUAAGGACUUCGAUGGUCAUUACGCCCAUUACUGCAAGACCAUCCUGUGGCCCGUCUUCCACUACAUCAUCCCAGACCACCCCAAGAGCAAGGCCUUUUUGGAUCACUCGUGGGUCUACUACGUGAAGGUCAACCAAGCCUUUGCGGACAAGGUCGUCAAGAAUUACAAGCGUGGCGACAUCAUCUGGAUUCACGACUACCAUCUAUGUCUGGUUCCUUAUAUGAUCCGACAAAAACUUCCGGAUGCCCAAAUCGGAUUUUUCCUACAUACCGCCUUCCCUUCAUCGGAGGUCUUCCGUUGUCUCGCCGCUCGCAAGGAGCUGCUCGAUGGUAUGCUGGGAGCUAACCUCGUUGCUUUCCAGACACAAGAAUAUGCCCACCAUUUCCUCCAAACGUGCAGCAGAAUUCUAUCUGUAGAAGCUACAGAGGAUGGUGUGCAACUCGAAAAUCGCUUCGUCAACGUUUGGGCAUCACCUAUUGGUAUUGAUCCCCGAACGCUUGCUCUUGCACGUGAGGAGCCGGAAGUACUCGAGUGGAUACAGACUAUGCAGAAACGCUACGAGGGCAAGAAGGUCAUCGUAGCACGCGAUAAGCUUGACAGCAUCCGGGGUGUACGGCAAAAGCUGCUAGCAUUCGAGUUGUUCUUGAACAAGCACCCGGAGUGGAAAGACAAGGUCGUCCUGAUCCAAGUGGCAACCUCUACGACUGAGGACACUGAGCUGGCGGCGACUGUUUCUGAGAUCGUUACCCGCAUCGAUGCAGUCCACUCCACUCUGACACACAACCCGCUUAUCUUUCUGCGACAAGACAUCGCAUUUUCGCAAUAUCUUGCUUUGCUCUCGAUAGCGGAUGCACUUGCCAUCACAAGCUUGCGUGAGGGCAUGAACCUGACGUGUCACGAAUUCGUGAUUUGCCAAGAUGGAAAAGCGAGCAGCAAGAAACACAGUCCAGUGAUUCUCAGUGAAUUCACUGGCAGUGCUGCCAUCUUUGAGGGUGCCGAACUAUCAGUCAAUCCAUGGGACUAUAACAACAUCGCUGAAGCUUUUAGGAUCGCUCUGGAGAUGACUGAUGAAGAGAAGGAUCGUCGGUAUGCUAAGCUCCGUAACAUGGUCAUGCAUCACACGGGCGACUUUUGGGUUGGUAACCUGAGCGCCCACUUAGCCAAAGUACACGACGAACAGUUCAAGCGUGACACGAUGUCGAUACCACGAUUGAAGCUGAGCGAGAUUACUCCUACAUAUGACCAGUCAGCGCGCCGUCUAUUCAUUCUCGACUACGAGGGCACGCUCGCUUCGUACGGAUCUGUUAACAACACUGUCCUCACCAACACAGAACGCGUCAUUGUUGUCCUGAACGAACUCGUAGCCGAUGAACGCAACACUGUCUACGUCAUGAGUGGCCGCACUGUGCGCGAAAUGGAACUCAUCUUCAAUCGCGUUCGUGGCCUAGGACUCAUCGCUGAGAACGGAUGUUUCCUUCGAGAGAGCAAUUCAGAUGAGUGGAUACAAUUUCCAGACGAAGAGAAGACUAUCAAAUGGAAAGAGUCUGUCAAGCCUAUCUUGCAGUACUACCUGGAGCGAGUCGAAGAUAGUCGAGUAGAGGAACGGCACUGCUCCCUCAUCUUCCACUACGAAAAGGGCCACGACAACGAUUCCUCCACCCGCCACGCUGGUGACUGUGCCAACCACAUUAAUGAUGCGUGCGAGCAGCAGCGAGUCAAGGCUAUCCCCUCCAAAGACACAGUCGUUAUUGAGCCCGUGGACUUUGACAAAGCGAGUGCAGCACAGCACAUUAUGAACAAGUACACCGACGCAGAUAGACCAGAAUUCUUGUUUGUUGCCGGCAAUGAUCGCAGUGACGAGAAUGUCUUCCGCUGGGCAAAGCAACUCAAGGAUGACGGUAUCAUUCCGCAUGUGCAGACCGUGACCGUCGGCGACCGCAAUUCCGUCGCUCUCUCCACCCUUACCAAUGGCACGACUGGUCUCCUAGGUGUCCUCAACAGACUGGCAAAGAUCCGCCGUGCGCCCACGAGCUCGCCAUAG